GAAAAAAUAAAAUUAUAUGGCCAAGACUAAAUUUUAAAAGAGUCAUAAACUGGCGUAGCCUCAGGCAGUUUUGUCCAUUAACGUUCGGAAAUGCAAUAAUUGAUAAUAAAAUAAAGUGAAUCAAUAUAACUAAUAGCUGAUUGCUAAGAUCACUCAAACAAAUCAACGUUAAUGUUAAAUACAAGAAAAUGUUAUGGAUUGAUUGUUUCAAUUUAUUACUAAAGUCACUUAAACAUUUUAACGCUAACAUAACAGGAAAAAGUUUUAAACAAUUGAUACGAUUUAUUAGUUAAAGUAAUUCCAACAUCUGCAGACUGCUAACAAAGAUGAUAAUUGAAAGGAAUAAUUCUUACAAUUUAUUACUAAAGUCACUUGAACAUUCGAAUGCAUGUGACAAAAGUUUAAAGUGGUUCAAUUGUUUCUUUUAUUAUAUUUCAUUUAUAGCUUUACUGUCUUUUACAUUCGAUAAAGCAAAGUAUAAUGUACAUCUCAUAAACAAGCAAUUCUUCUAUUGUUUGUUCUAGAAUAUGAAACAGCGCAGAAAUGACUCCUCCUAAUUCCCUUUAUAAAGCAAAGCGAAAACCAAAAGUUUGUCAGUCUUGAUUUUGUUCUCAUCCUUGUGAUUCCCUUCAAGUUACCUUUGUGCCUUUUGUGUUUUCCCCAACCAUCCUCAACGUUUAGUUUUGUGUCUCUCCCCUUUCUUUGUGUCUCUCUCUUUACUUGUGUGUCUCUCUCUCUUUACUUGUGUCUCUCUCUCUCUUUACUUGUGUCUCUCUCUUUAUUUGUGUCUCUCUCUCUUUACUUGUGUCUCUCUCUCUUUACUUGUGCCUCUCUCUUUCCUUGUGAUUAACCUCUCUUGCUCUUUCCACCCUGUGAUUUCUAUCUGCUUCGGUUACUUUCAGUGUUAAUCACAGCCUUUAUUUUUGGAUUCCAUUUUAUACAGUUAUCGUUCAUAGUAAUGGCUCACAAAUUUACUUAUCCAUCAAAUUAUGAUGAACUUUUACUUGACGCUCAUCUAGCUAACCGAGAAGAUGACGAAAUUUGUGCCAACAUAGAGCUUCCAGAGGAUAUUCUUAUGAUAGACGAUGAAGCUGAUCAGCUCUGCCGUGAGGCUGAAUACCGCCCUCUUUCGGAUAUUCAUGCAUCAUCGCCAAGUGAAAGAACAACUCCAGAUUUAGUUAUCGACGAAAUUAUCUAUCCUGAUCCUGAAUCCUUAACAGAAACACCGAUUGCUCUUGACAGUUACUCUCUUGAUGAUUCACGCACCAUAACCAUAUCAGCACCAUCUUCACCAUGUUUCUCCAUAAAUUCACAAGAAAGUGAUGCUGAAAAUCAAAUUGGAUUUGGUAUAGAACCUGAAAUCGAAUUCGAAGUGGUAAGUGAUAGUGGUUGGAAAACCAACUCACGGUUUCACACAUUAACUAAGCUACUCAAAGUACAAAUAGGCAAUGCUACAUCAGUACAGCGUUUAGAUUUCUUGAACAUUUCAGACGCAAUAAAUGCUGCUUAUGAACGGUUCAUACAGCUCCACAUUGCUGAAGCUGCACCAGCGGACAUUGUUAAUUUAACCUUUUCUAAUCCUAGAGAUGGUCGUCAACUUUACAUUAACUUCAGAGCUUCAAAUUUCGAUAAAACAGAAUUUCUAGCUAGAGCGGAAAAACUCGCUCAAUCUAGCGGUGCAUUUUUAGAUGGUAAAGCAUUAGAAAUCAUGAUGAAAAUUAUGAAAAACGUGUCAGGAUCUGGACGAAGGUUAUCACAGUUAUUACCUCCAGAUAAUCUUUCAACAAAACGUCGCUCAACUGUAUGUAUUAAGAACAAAGACGAGUUUUGUGGAUAUUACGCUCUAGCAGUUGGUAAAUUCUUAGCAGAUAUGCAUAAGGGGCAAAGUGCUCAAUGGUCUGCGCUGAUUCGUUAUAAUAAACACCAGAAAUUGUUAGCCGCACAGCUUUUCAGUGAGCUAUCUAUAGAUAUCGACAAAGCUGUUAAUAUGGACAAAAUCAGCGAAAUUCAACAGAAAUUACCAUCAUAUCAAAUCAUUGUUGUUGAUUCAAGGACAAAACUGCCACUUUUCAAAGGACCAGAUGCUGUUAAAAAGAUUAUCCUCGAAAAUCUGGCUGAUCAUUAUAAUUUAAUCACCAAUAUCAAAGGAUAUAUGCAGUAUGAAGCAUUUUGUGUUAGAUGUUGGAUAAAACAUAGGCUGAAUCAACAUUUCUGCUUCGACUCAUGUGCUCAAUGUAAUAGCAAUCCUCCAUGUUUUGAGUCAGAACCUCUUAGUUGCAUCCGUUGCAAACUUGAGUUCAAAAACAAUGUUUGUUAUGAAAAUCAUCUUCUGAAAAAGAUAUGUAUGGCAAAGAUCAAAUGUUCAAAGUGUUGGAUAAUUCAUGGUACCAAAGAUCCUCAUAUUUGUGAUGUUUAUCACUGCGAAAAAUGUGAAGAUACUUACACAGUCACACCGCAUUAUUGUUAUCUUACACCUCUGGACCUCAAAAAGCUAUUAGAACAAGAUGAAGCUUAUUCUGUCCUAAUAUUUUACGAUAUCGAAGCCAGCCAAGAACCUGAUGAUACUCCAAGCUUCCACUCUCCAAAUUUACUCAUAUGUAAUACAUUAUGCACUUUUUGUUUUGAUUUAGAAACAUACAAAAAAAGGACUGAGAAAUGUGAUAUUUGUGGAAUAGGGUAUCAAAUCUUCAAAGGAUCUGAGUGUGUUAAAAAUUUCUGCAGUUAUCUCUACGAGGAAGCAGCUCAAAAAGCGAGAAAAAGAUCAGCAACUGUGACUGUUAUUGCACAUAACCAAAAAGGAUAUGAUGGCCAUUUCUUGAUUCAGGACUUUUACUCUCGAAACUUCCAAGCGAUUCCUGAAAUAAUAAUGCAGGGGUCCAAGCUUGUUUACAUCAAGGUUGAAAAUUUACGUUUUGUUGAUUCACUUUCAUUACUACAACAGCCGCUUUCUUCUCUCUGCAAGUCAUUUAACAUAUCAGAAAUGAAAAAAGGAUUCUUUCCUCAUUAUUUCAACACAAAGGCAAACCAAAACUACAAAGGAACAUUACCUGCGAUAGAGUUUUACGGGUUUGAUGAUAUGAAACCAAUCAUGCAAAAAGAAUUCAAAACUUGGUACUUGGCUCAGCAAAACGAAGACUACGUUUUUGAUAUGCAGACAGAAAUUGUACAGUACUGUAGGUCUGAUGUGGAUAUAUUGACGACGGCAAUGAUGAAAUUCAUUACGCUUUUCAAGCAAAUAACAGACCUUAACCCCAUAAAAAGAAGAUUUACCUUGGCUUCUGUAGCAAUGGAAAUUCUUCGGGCGAAGCUUCUCCCUCCGAAACUGCUUGCGAUAAGUCCGAUUGAUGGUUAUUGUUCCAGAUUACAAUCAAUCUCAGCAGCUGUUUGGUUAGACUACCAACAAAAUAUUUUAGGUAACCAAUUCAUAAUUCAGAGGGAAUUUAAAAUUGGACCGUUCUAUGCUGAUGGGUUCGUCAAAGAACAAAACCGCGUUUAUGAAUUUUACGGAUGUUUUUUCCAUGGUUGCCCCGAUUGUUAUCCUGAUGAUGGUAUCAAUACUCUUCUGAGUGAACCAACAACAUAUUCAGAACUAUUCAAACGUCUUCAAAACAAACGAUCAUAUUAUAACCAGAGAGGAUUCAACUUGACCGAGAUAUGGGAACAUGACUUCAACAAAAUUAGAAAAGAGGAGUACAUAUCUACUAGAAUUAAACAUCGAUAUGAGAUAAAAGAAACCGGAUCAAUAAAUAUCAAAGAAAGUUUCUUCGGUGGAGAACAAAUAACAUCAAAUUUUAUCAUGAAUGUUUACCAAACGAAAAAAUCCGUUAUCUAG